UGCUGUCGGCGGUUCUCUCAUUCUGUCUUGUUUCUUGUUUGAAUGAAUGCGCCUGCGCCUGACAAAUGGACGAUCUGCUCCAGUGCUCACGCCGUCUGUUGAAUGAGGUUUUGAUUGAGCCAUUGUUUGCUGGCAUCUUGUCCAUUCACACAGUCUCAUAUGAAAACAACCAAGAUCUUCAUUGUGUUGAGAUGUGUUUUUCGGAUUGAAAUGAUGCUUGUUGAUUGCUCUGAGCAUGCCUCAGGCAGUGGGCCGCAUCAUGACCGGCACUGUGUGUAUGACGACAGAAACAUGGUGGACGGGGUAUACUGCCAUCCGAUUGGUCACUGGAUCGAAGAGACCGGCCACACAGAUGAGAUGAAACACACUACCACCUUCUACUUCAGCAUAGCAGGACAGCAGGCCAUUCACUUCUCCCAGGUGCUGCCACAUGUCUGGUUGGGCAGCUGCCCUCGACGGGUUGAACAUGUGACCCUAAAGCUGAAACAAGAACUGGGUGUAACAGCAGUGAUGAACUUUCAGACUGAAUGGGACGUGGUAAACAACUCCCAUGGCUGCCGGCGUGACCUCAGUCAACCCAUGACCCCGGAGACUAUGACGCACCUGUACAAAGACUACGGCCUUUCGUACAUCUGGAUCCCCACUCCAGACAUGAGCACAGAAGGUCGCACACAGAUGCUGCCGCAGGCCGUGUUCUUGCUCUAUGGACUGCUGGAGAACGGCCACACGGUGUAUGUUCACUGUAACGCAGGAGUGGGUCGUUCCACCGCGGCUGUGUGUGGACUCCUGAUGUAUGUGUUAGGCUGGAGACUCAGGAAAGUGCAGUACUACCUCACUGCCAGAAGGGCGGCGGUCUAUAUAGAUGAAGAAGCACUGUUGAGGGCCGAAAAUGACUUUCAUAUGAAGUUUGGACGACUCCGUCCAUCUGUCUGCAAUCCAGAGACAUGAGAACAGCGCCCUCUACUGGAUGGGAGGACAAGGGGACUUGUUUGUACACUCAUCUGUCGUUCAACGGUUAGGGAUCAGUACGAUUUUUGACAUUUACGUAUGAUUUUUCUUCUGCUCAUCAAGGCUGUAUCUAUUUAAUCAAAAAUACAGAAACAAACUAUACAUUUGUGGAAUAUUACUGUAAUUUAAAACAAGAGUUUUCUGUUUUAAUAUACUUUAAAAUAAAAUGUAUUGCUGUGAUCAAAGCUGAAUUUUCAGCAUCAUUACUCCAGACUGUCACAUGAUCCUUUCGGAAAUCAUGCUAUAUAUGAAAUAUAAUAUGAUGUAUGAUGUACUGGUAAUACAUCAGUUUAUAAGAGUGAUUUCUGGAAGACUGGAGUAAUGAUGCUGAGAAGUCAGUGCUGCGUCACAGAAAUAAAUAGUAUUUUAAAGUAUAUUCAAAUAGGAAACCAAUAUUAGAAAUCG